AUGUUUGAUGGGAUGAUACGAGCUUUGGGGAACGUUAGAUAUGUCCCUAGACUAAGAAAGAAUUUGAUUUCCUUGGAUACUUUAGAUGAGGCCGGCUAUGGGUAUGAGUCUAAAAAGGGAAGACUCAGGAUAGCCAAAGGAUCACUGGUGGCUUGGGCACAUAAGCUAGAAAGGGUUGCAAGAAUUACACAAGCAAGGCCUGUUGGAGGGCGUGUCAUCUUGCAAACUGGACUUUGUGAAUAUUGUGUUCUUGGAAAGCAAAGGAAGGUAUCAUUCACGAGUAGCAGUGCAGAUAACCGAAGCAAGGAGCAACUCAGCUAUAUUCACUCAGACGUUUGGGGCCCUGCACCAACCAAAUCAAAUGGUGGAGCCAAGUAUUUUGUUACUUUCAUGGAUGAUUUUUCUAGGAAGGAAUGGAAAACAGAAACCGAGAAUCAAACUGGAAGAAAGAUCAAGUACCUGAGAAGUGACAAUGGAGGUGAAUAUACAAGUAAUGAGUUUACCGAUUACUGCAAGCAAGAAGGCAUCACAAGGCACUUCACAGUAAAGAAGAAUCCCCAACAAAAUGGAGCUGCUGAGAGGAUGAACCGAACUCUCAUGGAGAGAGAGAGAGAGAGAGAGGAGCAUGCGAUUUCAUGCAGGAUUGCCUGA